AUGCAAAGAAAUUUUAUUAAACAAUGCAAAGUUUGUGAGUCAAAAGUAAGUGUUUGUUUUCAUUAUGGAGUUUGCACAUGUAGGGCGUGUGGGUCUUUUUUCAGGCGUUAUCUUUUAAACGAACAUGCUUGGAAAUAUGAUGAAUGUAAAUGUCCGAAAGAGGAUAAAGUCGAAAACCCCCAAACAAAUUUGGCAAAAUGUAAAAAAUGCAGACUUGAAAAGUGUCUUUCUGUUGGAAUGAAAAAAUUGGAUGUUGGAUAUGUACGUCAAGAUAUAUGCCGGUAUGCAAUGGAAGGAAAAGGGAACGAAAUUAAUGUAAAAGUCUUUUAUUUGUUUAAUAACGGCGAAUCCGCACACGCGCAUAGACAUUUCUACCCAGUCGGAAGAUCUCAACGGAUACUGUAA